UGGGACUUGGUGUGUGAGAAGAAUCAUCUCCCUCACCUAAUUUUCACAUUAUCCAGUAUAGGGGGAGCUAUUGGGACUCCCUUAUAUGGUGCUCUGUCGGACAGAAUAGGAAGGAAGACGACCUUUUACAUCAGUGUAACUGUAAAUCUUGUAGCAGGUGUGAUUUCUCUGGUUGUGCCCAGUUUUACUGCUUUUGCUGUUUUUCGAUUGUUUCAUGGUACAAUGUUCCCAGAAAUAUUCUGUGGAUCCUAUAUUUUAGUAACUGAAAACGUUGGUCAGGAGAAACGAACCCAUAUUUUGGGCAUUGCCAGCAUUGGCUGGACAAUAAGUAUGUGCAGUUUGCCACUCAUAGCUUUUGUGUGCAGGGAUUGGAGAAUUCUUGGUUUUAUAACCACUUCCUUCUGCAUUCCUUUCUUUUUCUACUGGAGAUUUUUGCCUGAAUCUCCACGCUGGUUGGUGUCUGUUGAACGUUAUGAAGAGGCAGCAGUUAUUCUGACCAGAAUUGCAAAGACAAAUAAAUACCCUGUCCCUACUGAUCUACUAUUCAAACUAAAGGAAAUAGGAAAAAAGAGAGAAAAAAGACACAAUAUAACGAGUUUUUUCAGUCAUCGAAAACUACGGAAACAUUUCUUGAUUGUUACUUUCAUUUGGGCAAGGUUUGACAAUGACUUUGUGUUCCAGAAUGAUAAAUCCACUGCCCACAGUGCAUGUAUUGUUCAGGAUUAUCUUGACCAGGAAGACAUUACAAGAUUGUUAUGGGCAGCAAAGUCUCCACAUUUUAAUCCCAUUGAGAAAUGUUGGGUAGAACUGAGCCAAGAAAUUGCCUCAUCACCUUGUGAAGGUUCUGGAAAACCUUCAUCAUGGUGCGUUAGAUGUAUUGUGGAAAGCGAGGAAGAGUGGUAUGCUUUGGACAGCCUUAAGACGGAGGCUCAUGCAAUAGAAAUUACGCUACAGGGAUAUUAUCAAGAUGCACGGUUGUCUGACAGUGCAUGA